AUGUCUUUAACCAGCAUGAAUUUUACGGAAAACUUCACUACUCCUGCAAGUACUACUGAACCACCCCGACCACAUUCCCAAGCCAGCAUCAUUGCCUCAGCGACAUUUAACACGAUUGUCAUGGUACUAACCAUAGUUGGAAACUCUCUUGUUUGCCUCAGUGUUUAUUACUUCCCUCGCCUUCGCAGGCCCACCAAUUUCUUAAUUGUGUCUCUCGCGGUAAGUGACCUGCUGGUGGGAUCUUUGUCGCUGCCCUUCAGAAUCGCACAGACGAUAAACCAGGAGAGCUGGCCAGAAAGUCUGGGUCCCGCUGGCUGCCAGUACUGGAUUUGGAUCGACAUGGUAUGCUGUGGUGCCUCUAUACUGAAUCUAACAGGAAUCAGCUUCGAUCGACUCCUUGCUGUAAAAUGGCCGCUUACGUACCACGAGAACAUGACCACCAAGCGAGCUACUUUGAUUAUUGUAAUAGUCUGGGUCUUCGCAUUGGUUGUUGCCUGUUUGUCGUUCGUGAAGUGGGGCGGACACGAAACAAUCAUCAUAACACCCCAAUGCUCCAUACAGGCUAAAAUCUAUAUUACCAUAUUAGCCGUUGCCGCAUUCUUCUUCCCGUUAACCGUUCUUAUUUUCAACUACGUCCUGGUUUUGAAGAUCGCCAUUCAGCACGCGAGACAGGUGCAGAAAGAUAGGGAUGCUAUAGCCGUGAACUUUUUGGCUGAACAGGACGCCAACGAAGAUACCAGUGGAAUCACCAGCUCACCCGCAUCCAGCAAUAGAGGAAUAACAAUAGGGAAGCGGAGUAGUGAACCGCUCACUGAUUCGAAACCGCGACGCUCGUCAGGACUACAGAUCAUGAAGCAACUCAAGGCCACCAAAACGUUGGCAAUUGUGGUGGGAGUCUUUAUUCUCUCGUGGUUUCCAUUUUUUGUGAUUUUCAUCACUUGGCAAUAUUGCCUCGAGUGCUUCCAAAGUCUGCCGCCAGAAAGCGUCACAGUUUUAGUCAUAGUGUUUGUGAACGUUUUACCAGUGAGCAAUUCUGCAGCAAACCCUAUUAUUUAUACGUGCUUUAACAAGGAGUUCCGUACUGCCUUCUUACGUGUUAUCUACAAGUUUUUACGGAAAUCAGGCGGUGAACUAAUGUCAAAGUCAAACGGCCAUACCGAUACAUACACUUCUUGCACGUAA